GGUGUCUGGAUGUCCUGGCGAGUGUGCGGGGCGGCAUGAGGCGCGCCCAGGCCCGGGCGCGGCCGGCCCGGGCGGCGUGAGCGGCGCGCGCAUGAGCCCCGGCGCGGGGGGUCGCUCGGCGCCGGCGGGGCCAUGUCCCGGGGGGGCGCCUGCCCGCACCUGCUGUGGGACGUGCGCCAGCGCUCGCUGGGCUUGCAGGACCCGGCGCGCCUGCGGAGCCGCUACCUGGGAAGAAGAGAAUUUAUCCAAAGAUUGAAACUUGAAGCGACCCUGAAUGUGCAUGACGGCUGUGUUAAUACAAUCUGUUGGAAUGAGACCGGAGAAUAUAUCCUAUCUGGCUCAGACGAUACCAAGUUAGUCAUCAGUAACCCUUAUAGCAGAAAGGUCUUGACAACGAUUCGCUCAGGGCACCGGGCAAACAUCUUUAGCGCCAAGUUCUUACCGUGCACGAAUGAUAAGCAGAUUGUCUCGUGCUCUGGGGAUGGAGUCAUAUUUUAUACCAACGUCGAGCAAGACGCGGAAACCAACCGACAGUGCCAGUUCACGUGCCAUUAUGGGACUACCUAUGAGAUCAUGACUGUACCCAAUGACCCGUACACUUUUCUCUCCUGUGGUGAAGACGGGACUGUUAGGUGGUUUGACACGCGCAUCAAAACCAGCUGCACGAAGGAAGACUGCAAAGAUGACAUUUUGAUUAACUGCCGACGCGCUGCCACCUCCGUGGCCAUCUGCCCGCCGAUCCCCUACUACCUUGCCGUGGGGUGUUCCGACAGCUCAGUGCGCAUCUACGACCGCCGGAUGCUGGGCACCAGAGCCACCGGGAAUUACGCGGGCCGGGGCACCACGGGCAUGGUGGCUCGCUUCAUCCCUUCCCACCUGAGCACCAAGUCCUGCAGGGUCACGUCUCUGUGCUACAGCGAGGACGGCCGGGAGAUCCUGGUCAGCUACUCCUCAGACUACAUCUACCUGUUCGACCCGAAGGAUGACACGGCCAGAGAGCUCAAGGCGCCCUCGGCGGAGGAGAGGAGAGAAGAGCUGCGACAGCCCCCAGUGAAGAGGUUGCGACUGCGAGGCGAUUGGUCGGACACGGGGCCGCGGGCGAGGCCGGAGAGCGAGCGGGAGCGAGAUGGCGAACAGAGCCCCAACGUGUCCCUGAUGCAGAGGAUGUCGGACAUGCUAUCCAGAUGGUUCGAGGAGGCCAGCGAGGUGGCCCAGAGCAGCCGAGGCCGGGCGCGGCCCAGAGGUGGGACCCACCCGUCUGACGUCUCCACUCUCUCCGCCGUCCCGUCGAGCGCCGACCUGGAAGUAGGUGAGACCGCCAUGGAAGUGGACGUGCCCGUCGAGUCCUUCCUGCCUCCCUCCGCCUCCUCCUCCACGUCCCUGCGGGCCCACUCCACGGCGUCCACAGACAGUCUGGUCUCUUCCCCAGAGAGCGAGCACCGGCUGGCGGCCGACGCGUCGGGGCCCCCCACACAGCAUCAGUCCGAGUUUCUGAGGGGGCCCGAGAUGGCGCUGCUCCGGAAGCGUCUGCAGCAGCUGCGACUCCAGCGGGCCGAGCAGCAGAGGCAGCAGGGACUCGCCGGGCCCGCGCCCGCCCCCGGCCAGGCUCCCGGGGAGGAGGGCGCCCCGCAGCCCGCGCCCGCGCCAGACUCUCCUUCUUCCGGGGUUAACGCCCAGCUCGGACCCGCGACCCUGGGCAAACAGCCGGAUGACACUAAUGAAAAGCUGAGCCCCAAGCCAGGGACAGGUGAACCCGUUUUAAGUUUGCACUACAGCACAGAAGGAACAACCGCAAGCACAAUAAAACUGAACUUUACAGACGAAUGGAGUAGCACCGCCUCGAGUUCCCGCGGAAACGGGGGUCACUGCAAGGUGGAAGGACAGGAUGACUCCCUGGACCCGCAGAGCCCGGGCUCGGCCCCCGAAGGAGACUGCGCGUCAGAAGCGCCAGAGUCCCCCCCGGAGGCCACGGUGGCGUGUCCAGAGGCUGCGUCCCCAGAGCGGGAGAGCUCGCACCCCAGCCCCCCGGGUGCAGAGCAACGCACGGGCCCGCCCCGCAGCCCCCUGGAUGCAGACAGUCGGACCAGCGAGCCCUCCCCCAGCCCCCCAGGUGUAGGCGAAUGUUUGAGCCAGCAGCCCGGCCCUCAGGAUGUGGACAGACACACGAGCUCGGCCCCCGGCCCCCCGGGGGCAGCCGCUGGUGCAAGUUCACCCCCCAGCCCCCCGGGUGCAGCCGCAGGGGUGAGCCCGCCCCCCGGCCCCCCGGAUGCGUCUGCAGGUACAAGAUCAUCCCCCAGCCCCCCGGAUGCAAACACAGAUGCAGGUGUGAGCUCGGCCCCCGGCCCCCAGGAUGCAGACGCAGCGCGCUCGGGUGAGGAGCAGGGGGAGACGCAGAGCGGUGCUGCCGAGAACCCCCAGGGCGCAACGGGAUCCCCCGGCGCCGAGAAGGCCACAGACAGCAGCGCGGAGCAGCCCAGCCCAGGCUCUGCCUUGCCCGAGCCCCCUGCUCAGCCUGAAGCCGGGGGACCCUCGAGUCAGGAGGAGGCAGGAGCCCGGGACUCUGCCCUCCAGGACACAGAUGACAGCGAUGACGACCCCGUCCUGAUCCCGGGGGCGCGCUACCGGACAGGCCCCGGGGACAGGCGCUCUGCCGUCGCCCGCAUCCAGGAGUUCUUCAGGCGGAGGAAGGAGAGGAGGGAGAUGGAGGAACUAGACACGCUGAACAUCCGCAGGCCCCUGGUGAAGACCGUGUACAAGGGCCACCGCAACUCCCGGACAAUGAUCAAAGAAGCCAAUUUCUGGGGUGCUAACUUCGUGAUGAGCGGCUCCGACUGCGGCCACAUCUUCAUCUGGGACCGCCACAGUGCCGAGCAUCUCAUGCUCCUGGAAGCCGACAAUCACGUGGUCAACUGCCUGCAGCCACACCCUUUUGACCCAAUUCUGGCCUCGUCCGGCAUAGAUUACGACAUAAAGAUCUGGUCCCCUCUAGAGGAGUCGAGGAUUUUCAACCGGAAACUUGCUGACGAGGUCAUCACUCGCAACGAGCUCAUGCUGGAGGAGACACGCAACACCAUCACCGUGCCCGCCUCCUUCAUGCUGAGGAUGCUGGCCUCGCUCAACCACAUCCGGGCAGACCGCUUGGAGGGGGACCGGUCCGAAGGCUCCGGGCAAGAAAACGACAACGAGGACGAGGAAUGACGGACUCCUCCUGGCGAGCCCUUAGCCGCUCCAACGUUUGUCUGACAUUGAUGCCCUUUGCCCUGUACGGAGCUUUCGUGCAAUUUUAAGGCUGUGGUGUUUGGCGUUUGUUCCCCUUCCGGGAGGACACCUGGAACGUUGCUGUGGAGUGAGUGUGUGCAUGAAUCCAGGAGCGUUUGCGAAGCCAAGGUUGGGGAGGCUUGGGCCACGCGUGAGGAGAGCUAGAAGUGCAAAGUGCAAUAUCCCCACCCGGGCGGGGAGCCUGGACCCUCCCCUCCCAGCCGGGGGUGGGAAAUGCCGGUCCAGAGAAAUUUCUACACUUGCCAUUCGCAUGUUUGUUGCUUUCUGAUUAAAGGAGUUGGUUGUUUUAA